AUGGUGCACUACAAGUUGACCUACUUUGAUGCUCGUGGUCUUGGAGAAGCCGCCCGUCAACUUUUCGUCCUCGCCGGAGUUCCGUUCGAAGACAACCGACUGUCCAUUGAGCAAUUCAAAGUGUUGAAGCCAAGUUUGGAACAAUAAGUACUUAAAAUGUUCAUGAAAUGUUCAUUUAGCUCUUCCGGCUGGCCACGUCCCUGUUCUCCUCGUGGAUGGCUUCGAGAUAUCUCAAUCUCAGACUAUCAAUCGUUAUUUGGCCAGAAAAUUCGGUGAGUUUGAACUGAACAUUCUCGAAAUGAAGCAUCAAAAGAAUCUAGGAUUGGCUGGAAAGACUCCAGAAGAAGAGGCAACCGCUGACACCGUUGUCGAUCUUUUCAAGGAUUUCCUGCCGAGCUUUAAAGAAAUGAGCUCUGGAAUUUUCUUCGGAAAAACCCCGGAAGAACUAGUGGGUUUUUGAUAACCUGUUUUUGCAAUUUUGAACUUCUUUACAGGUGAAAAUCAAGAAAGAAAUCACCGGGCCAGCCAUGGAGAUCUAUUUCGGGGAUCUGAAAAAAAUUCUGAACAAAAACAAGUCUGGAUACUUUGUCGGAAACGGAUUGACUUGGGCCGACAUUGUGGUCGCCGAAAACAUGUACACCUUGUUCAUCCAUGGACUUUUCGACUUGGACAAGGAAAAAGAACUUGCGGAAUUCUACAAACGUGUUAGAAACACCCCGAAACUCAAAGAGUACUUGGAGAAGAGACCAUAUUCGGUUGUCUAA